CGCUUUCGAUGUGGAAACACGAACGAAAAAACAAUAUAAUUUCGAGACGGUGGCGGUGUAAAGUAGACUAAUUUAGUAUGGAAUUAUGAGUGGGAAUGAACAGUCGUGCUUGUGAGAGGAAUCAGGUUGAGAAGUGCCGGUUGUCUUCUCAGUUGGAAUAAUACUGGUGUCAAAGAUUCUUGGUAUCGUUGUGUUCAUUCGUGACUUUGCGCUCCAAUAACAUGUAGACGUUUUUAUAUUCUAUCGUAAUGAUGGAUGAUGAUGCCAUGCUAACGACCUCUCUAUUGUGUUUUUUCGUAGCAAUUUGCGCCAAAUGAAGUUUAUGUAAAAAAAUUGUUGUGAUUGUGAGUAAUUUAAAAUCGUGACAUUUUUUACCGGAGAUAGUUAAAAGUGUUGAGUUUUGUGGGGUAUAAAAGUAAAUGUAUCGAGGCCCACUAUGUACAACAUGACCUUAGUUUAAUGAAGAACAUAAAAAUACAGUGCAGCGCAUCAUUCCUGUCGAUAAGAAUGCCAAGCUAAGAACACUAGAACUGAGAGGGGUUUACUCCGCCUCAAAAUUAAAAAAUUUGGAUACCAUUAAGCCUUACGAUGUAACAAGAAAUGCAGAAAUUGCAGAAAAACCUCAUGCUGUUACUAAAACUAAAAAUGAUAUAAAAGAACCAGUAUUUUGUAAGACUUAUGCGUCAUUCAUACCAAAAAUGAGUUUAAACUUGGAAAAAGUUAUUGAGCAGAACCCAAGAAUACUAGACUUGCGUGAAAAACUUAAUCAAAUAACAAAAAAGCAGGAUUCUAAUGUAGAUAAGAGGACAAAAGGUUUAAUUAAUGAUAUAACGCAGCACCUAGUCGACAAGAAGGAUGAAGACGAGUCUGGUCCUUACAGUUUGUUAUUUGAUCUACAGUCCGAUCCUUCUACGUCAUUUAAUGAAAGUGCAGGAGUGAAUGUUUGGAACCGACCAAAAUCAGAAGUACUUAGUGAUACAAACUCACUUAACUUCAAGAAGUUAAUUAAUCCCAUUAACAAGAGUGCAGACAGACUACCGAACGUGUUGAAUUUCGAUGAAAAACCUAUGAGAGAAUUUGAAUAUUCUUGCGAAAACGAUUUGAACUUUCCGGCAAAAAAGACAUUUAAUACACAUUCCAGAUCUGAUCUUUGUCUACAGUUAAAAACUCAUGUACACUCACGUAUGUUUGAUUCUAAUUUAAGUCCUAAUGAUAAUUCGCUUAGUAGGACUAAUGAGGAAAACUCCCUGGAUGACAGUUUGGGCAUUCUGACUCCAGAUCAGAUGGAUGAUAUAUGUUAUUUAGAAAACGCUUUCUCUCCUACAGUAGAGGGAUUACCAAUUUUCUGUGAUACUAAUGAAAGUAAAAUAUCUCCAGAUAAUGGUGAUACCCCAUCAACUGAUAAGACUGAAAGUAACUCUGCAGCAUCGACGAUACAAAACGAUGGGUUUGAUAGCUUAGAGAAUAAAAGGUGCACGGUUGAAGGGCAACUAGCGCCUAUUGUGAGUCUGGAAACAAUAAUGAAUAACGAGGAACACAAUUCACAAACAUCCUUCGAUUCCCCAGCUCAUAAAUGCAUUGGUACAUUGUCAAUUCAAGAACCAUUGUCAAAUACUUCUAGGACCUACGAUAUGCCCUCACAAGAUAGUACAAUAGGGAAGGACGAGUUAACUUCUAAUUUGUUAGACGAAGAAUUCAUGCCUUCUAUUCACAGCAGCAUUUUAGAACCCGUUAGUUCUAUUGCUGAAAAUGUGGCCAAUUUAGAAAUAGCUCUAGAUUGCAAACAUGAAAGUCUAUUGAUUACAAAUAGAAUCGAACAAACUCCUUCCCCAGAAGAUUUGCCAUUAGACAGUUCAGAAAUAAUUGGUGAAAUAAGUACCUACUCGCAGUUUUCCGCUUCAACACUGCAUGACUCGCAGACCUAUUCAGAUGGUAAAAACGAUUAUCCGAAAUCCAUGGAAACUUCUAAAGUUUCCAACAGUUUCAUUACUAGUAUCACGAGCAUUACGAGUUUAGAUGGUUAUCAAGGGGAUGGGGAAAUGUCCAGACCUGUGAGCAGAGGAGCAGAUCAUUCAAUUGAACACCGUGAAGACGCUAUUGAAAUGGAUUGGCAAAAUGUGCCAGUCGCUAGAAGAGCAGAUCCCAUGACGGAUUCAGAUUUCUUUACAGAAAGUGACGCCGAUGGUUUAGAUGAUCAUAUGCAAAGAGGAGACCGACGGGCUCAGGUUAUUGAUGGUGCCCUGUAUGGUGGAAAGAAAGUUAACGGGAAUCCACCUCUAAUUGUAAACAGAAAUGAAGACUCCUGCAUGGAAUCCAGCGGAGUUUACACCGAUUUCGAAAAUCAUCGUACGUCUCCUGUGUUCUUGAAUGUUAUUGAUGACAUGUCUCCUGAUGGAUCUACACCAUCUACAAGAUCAGAAUGUAGUCAGAAAAAUGCUAGUACAGGAAACUUGAAUGCUUAUUUUUCACCACUGCAAGAUGCCAUGGAAGAACAUAAAUCAGAUACAUCUCACGUCAUAGACGACGAUGAAACACCGAAAAACACCAGCAAACGAAAUUCGUUGAACAGUGUAAAAGAUAUGAAAUGCACGGAAAAGACCAAGGAGGAAAAGAGGAGUUUCACCUUGAAGAAGUACAAGAUGCCUAAGCGUGAUGUGCCAAGUAAACUAAAAAGUAUGUUGGCUAACAGAAAGACUGAUGCAGAUAACAGCGUGCAGAAUAGCCCAAAAACUGCAAAAAAGACCGAAAGAAGAGAAAAUUUGGCAAAAAAGAAUUCUUUGGACACCAAAAACGAUUAUAAGAUAAAAUCCUUUAAGGAUAUUAAAUCAAAGGUGGACUGCUCAUUUUCAUUACAACGAUCUCAAACUUCAUGCAGUGUCAGUAGAAUGUUAAGCUCAAAAUCCACAAAUAACAACGUGAAACCUAAAAGCCGACACAUGCGUAUGCGCAUGGAGCUAGGCUCGGCGGCGGGCAGCGGCAAGAGCAGCCUGCACAGCUCUCAGAGCGACAUCAGCGCCAGCAGCACUCCGCUGGGCAAGCAUGCCACCAGCCGCUUCCCCUUACUCAGGAACGGCAAGAAAAGGGAGAGCGCCCCCACGCCGACCACUCCCGCGCGCCCUCCGCCCACUCCGCCGCAACCCCAAACUGUUCAAGCUAAGAAAAAUGGCGUGGUACCUAAGUUGUCGUCAUCGCCGGUGGCGGUGCGUGCGCGCACCUCCCUGGCCCCACCCCCUUCGCCUCGAAAGCCUGCGCCCCACAGAGUGCCGCCGGCUCAAAGACCUAACACCUUGCCUACCAAUAAAGAGCCGCCGCGAGUGACAGCGGCGGUGGGCCCCCGCGGCAAGCGGGUGCAAACACCGCAGCCAGUGCGGACCCCCGCCGCCCCUCUCCCCGCGCCGCAGCCGCAGCCGCGAGAGCAGGCCGUGGCGCUUGCGCACGCCGCUAAAGGCGUCGAAGCCCUGGGCGUUUUAGUCCAGUAUUUAGUGUUUCGAUUGGACGCACUAAAUGGCAGCAGCUGGCGCAUGGAGGCGGAGCGUUGGCGAGGCGUGGCGGCCGCCGAGCGCAGCAGUGCCGCGCGCGCCGACCGCGACCGACAGCAGCGAGCGCAGAAGGAUCUCGAUACCAUCGCAGAAUGCCUGAGCAAGAUCUCAGAGCUGGAGAUGGAGGUCUCAUCGAAGGAAGAGGUGAAUGCGCGCCUCCAAGCCAAACACAUCGAGGAGGUCGCUACACUCGCCAAUGACAUCAAGGGGCUCAAGGAUACAAUCGAAUCCCUGAAACACGAAGUCGCCGAGAGUAGGGCGCGUCUACACGCGCACAGCGAAAUCGAGCGUACGUUACGCGCGCAGCUAGAGGCGGCGCGGGCGGAGAUUGAGCAGAGCAAGUCGUACAACACGUCGGUGAUGUCGGCCAACACGUCGACCGACACGUCGGUGGACACGUCGUGGGACAAGUCGUGCAAUACGUGCGACGCGGCCUGCGACCCCGUGUGCUGCGAGGCGGAAGAUUGCGAGCUGCGAUUAGCUGCGAAUGAGGAAUUGAGCACGGAUGCCAACGAGUUGGCAGCUGAGGUACGAUCACUCCGCGCGGUGAUCGAGCUGAAGCAGGCGGAGGUCGCAUCUCUGCGCGAUUCGCGAUCUGAGCUCGCAGCGGAGCGGGACAGGCGCGUGGCACUGGAGCGAGAGGCUCGAGCCGCGAGACACGCCGCCGAGGAGCUGCGCGAGCGCGCGCUCGCUCGCCAGCGCGACACCGACCGGCUGCGCGACGACAACAGGCGUCUGCGGGACGCCGCGGCAAGGGACCGGGACCACGCCGCGAGACUCGCCGCGCUCAAUGAAGAGCUCCGGUACAAGCUUAGACAGAAGUCACAGGUGGUGUCUCUGCUAGCGGGUGGCGGCUACAUCGAGCGGCCACCGAUGCGCACGCGCACGUCGUCGGGCGACUCGGGUCGCUCGGCGUCGCCGGCACCGGAUUCACCCCCCUCUCCCGCCGCGUCGCCGGCGCCCGACUCGCCACCACUGCCCGCCGUCAAGGGCGUCGUCGAGAAACACGACUCAGUCAGCUGGGUGCUGGAGAUUGAAGAAACUCCUGAGGAGGUGGCUUCUAGGUUGGCUAGGCGGUCGUCAUUCCGUACGGCCGCGUCGCCCAGCGGCGUGAAGCGACGCGGUGGCGGGUCUCCCGGCAGCGGGUCGCCAGCGCCCGCGUCCCCGGCACCCAAUGCCUCCAAGCUGUUCCGCCCGGGGGACCUGGACUUCCCCCCGCCGCCGCUCAAGGAGUCCGCCGGGGAGGCCAUCUACAUAUACGACGAUCGCCAGUAUUGAAGUAUGGACUACUGGACUCAGUGGUGGUGACCGACUAGUCUGUACGCGAGUGAGUGCGCCGGGUCAUGUUCUUGCCGGACUGUAUGUACUGCAGGAGGAGGUGUAGCUUGUAGGAAACUGGGACCCAACCGGAGUGAAUUCUCUGUAUCUCGCGUUUAUGCAUUGAAUACGUAUGUACCUUAUAUGGGAUGGUGAAGUAAUCAAACUAAACACACGAUACCUAUGGUCUAAAGCUCCUAGCUCUGGAAUGCCAUUGUUUUAAUGGACUAUGCAAAUAAUUUAUGAGCUUCAAAUGUUAUUUUACGUAUAUUUAAUACGAGUUUGCUCUUUCUCAAUAGAAUUUAGCUUGAAGUGAUAAUGAUAUGUUAUUCUCAUAAACGAUAUUAAAACAAUACCUUAGAUAUCUCAUAGUAAUCCUAGCUGAAGGGUUUUACCUAUUUAUCUUAUUUCAAUUUUUAUCGACUUCCCACGUUUCUACCAUUAGUGGAUAAAUAAAAUGAAAUAAGGUAAGGAGUAGCUCCAGACUCACUUUAAAUAUAAGAAUUUGCUUUUCUCAACAUUCUGGCCUCGGAACGGUAUACUCGAAUUGGGCUGCAUUUGAAGGAAAGUGUCUAUGUACCUGUGGAUUGCGCCAAUCAAUAAAAGUUAUAUCUUAGUCAACUAGCUAUUCAAGUCUUCUCGUCUAUAGUCCUUUGAUUUCCUUUUAUAUUAUACUUUUAUUUAUAAGCUGUUUCACGUCUUUCUUAUGUCUUAUUAACGUUUAUUUGAUGUUACUUUCUAACCCCGUUUCCCCUUUUAUUAAUUGGUGCAAUUAUUCUUGUUUCUGAUUGUUUAAUAAUUAAAGAAAAUAAUGUGCUUUGAUAAUGUGUUAUCCUGUUCAGGCUUGUCAGUACUAGCAGGUUGUUAUCUGUAUUACUUAGCAAUAGAUGGAUCGUAAUUAGGUAUUUAUAUUGUUUUGUAUUGUAUUUUUAACUUAAUUAUUAUAUUUUAUCACACUCGUUGAAUUAUUUUGUACAAAUAACAAUUUUAAUGAUGAAAAAAAUUAACAUAGUUGUAAGUGAAGGUGUAAUAAUGAUGUUUUUAUUCUGUCUGUCGGAGUUUGACGCUUUCGUUUUAUUAGGACUCGAUACUUUCUUCUAUUGUGAAUGUUGAUUUCGCAUUAUUUUUUUAUGUUUCUUUAUAGAUAAAUAUAGUCCGCUAUUCUAGAAGAAACAAAGAAACCAAAGAGUCACGUUCAUCUGAACUCUUUGCCAUGUUCCUUAAUUUCAACAUGUCUGUCAUUGUGCAUGAUAGAUUGCAUUGUAAAUUCAGUUUAUAUGAUUUUUAUUUAUUUUUAAGCUUAUCGUUAUAUUACAUUAAAUACCAUUCCAAAAUUAAACUGUAAUCAUAAAUAUUAUAACGUGAUUGCGAAGGAUAUUAAUAUAAAGAAUAAAAUAGUAUGUUAAAGA